AUGUCAUCGGGGCCGCAAAUCUUGCGAAUCAAGCGGAAAAGGACAGACGAUCCAUUGCAGGCGCUGCUCGUGGAGAACCAUGGCUCGAAAAGAUCAAAGACGGCGAACUAUGUAUUCAAAUUGGCCAGGACAGACGAGUCAAACAUCGAUGUAGACGGGUCCAAGAUUCUGGAACAAGACGUGUCGAGAACUGGCCGAAAAGUGUUCAGCAUCCCAAAAAAAGACGACGAGAUUGAUCCCCAGCUGAUGGAGAUGUUGCAGGACUACCUGCGAACCAGCGACGUUAAGGAGGAACGCCACAAGCCUCCGAAAAGACGAAUGUCGAGCGCCUCUGCGGAAGUGGAAAAGCCGCCAACCCUCGUCCAGGAGGACAACGACUACGUCUACGAUGUGUAUUAUCGCGACAAGGCCGUGACAGACCAAUGGGAGAAGGACAAGAUAGGGUACAUUCAGUUUGACGAAGAUGAUAUGGAGACGCUUGACGAGCAGGAGGAGGCUGCGGAACAGACAGACGAUGAAGACUCGAAUGACGAGAACUUUUACCGGAAUGACUAUCCUGAGGACGAGGACGGGGGGUAUGAGGACAGCGAGUUCGAGGAACCCAGCGACGACCAGGACGACGAGUUCGACAUCCUGCACGACCGGCGCCGGUUCAGUGUGCAGGAUGUGCGAGAGACAGAAGGAUUGACGGAGGAGGAGGUGGAGGAACUGUACAAUAGGUUUGACGAGAGCGUGCUCGAGGACUAA